AUGGGGGGGUUUGCUGGUGGGAAUCCCCCCCCUCCAGAGAAAAACUGGGUGACCGUGACCUUCACCCCCUCGGGCCGGGGGGGUCCCCUCACCCGCACCCUCCUCCUGGGGAGGGGGGACAACGCUGGUGGUGGUGACCACGAUGACCACGGUGAUGACCACGGUGAUGACCUCGGUGGUGACCACGGUGACACCUUCACCCUCCGCCUCCCCCCCACCCUGGAGCUGGUGGGCAGCCGCCUCUCGAAGAAGGUUGUCCUCAUCCGGGCCACCCAGGACAUCUCGGUGGUGGCCUUCAACUCCAAGUCCUACACCUCGGGGGCCACCACCCUUCUACCCCUGGAGAUGUUGGGCCACCACUACUACGUGGUGACCCCCGAGGACAACAAGAAGGAAGGGCUGAAGGAGUUGGCCGUGGCGGCCGGUGACACCGUCACCACCGCCACCAUCAAGGCCAAGGGCAAGUUCUACUACAGGGGGAAGACCUACUCCUCCGGGUCCACCAUCAAGGUCACCUUGGAGCCCUACGACACCUUCCAACUUCAAAGCAGUUCCGAUUUAUCCGGUAGCGAGGUCAAGGCGGACAGACCGGUGGCCGUCUUCAGCGGUCACACCUGCGUCAAGGUCCGCGUGGGUUGCGACCACGUGGUGGAACAACUUCUCCCCGUGGCCUCCUGGGGUAGGACCUACCUGGUGCCCCCCAACCCUUGGCAGAGGGUGACGGACGUCGUCUACGUGGUGGCCGCCGAAAAAACCACCGUCACCUACCAGAAGGGGGAGGUGGUGGCCACCAAGUCCAUGAAAGCCGGGGAGGUCCGGAAGAUCGAGGUUGGCCCCAUUUCACCUCUUUACGUCACCUCUUCGGCCCCAAUUCAGGUUGUCUUCUUCUUCACCGGGGCCGCCGACUCCUUGAAAAGAGACCCUUUUCUUCUCAACAUCCCACCGGUCUCCACCUACUGCACCUCCUACCGGGUGGUGGGCCUGCCAGGUUACUUCAACCACCUCCUCCUGGUGGCCCGUCAAGAGGAGGCCACCUCCACCACCUUCAACCAAAAUCCGGAGAAGACCUUUUCCUGGCAAGACAUCCCCGGCACGGACUUCUCCUGGGCCAGCGUCAACAUGAGAAAUCCAGAGGAGAUCCAGAGGGUGGACAACCAGAGGUCACCCUUUGGGCUCCUCAACUUAGGGUUCAAUUCCUACCUCGGCUACGGCUUCACCGGCCUUUGUGCCACCACUUCUCCUCCUCCUCCGCUCUCCUGUGAAGAUCUCUCUUGCCAGGAGAAGUGCCAGGUGGUGGACGGCCAACCCACCUGCAUCCACGAAGCCCCCUUGACCUGCUGGGCCACCGGUGACUCUCACUACCGGACCUUUGAUGGGAAAACCUUGCAUCUCAUGGGCACCUGCACUUACACCUUGACCAAGACCUGCCACCAGGAUCCCACCAUCCCCUUCUUCAGUGUAGAGGCCAAAAAUGAAGCCAGGGGCCACCUGGGAGUCUCCCACGUGGACACUGUGACCGUCCACGUCUAUGACGUCACCGUGGAGGCCACCAGGGCCGAGAACGGCAUUGUGAGGGUGAACAACCGUCGCUCCCACCUCCCCAUCUCCUUGGCCCGGGGGAAGCUCCGCCUACGGCAGAAGGGCAGGUCCCUCUUGAUCCAGACCCACUUCCACCUGAAGGUCCUCUAUGACUGGGACCACCACCUGCUGGUCAAACUCCCCGGCGCCCUCUCGGCCAAAGUCUGCGGUUUGUGUGGCAACGGCGACCCCCGGGAUGACCACUUGGCCCAGGCCAACCUGACGGGGGACCUGGGUUGGGAGGCCACCAACCGGAGCCAGCCUUGCUGGGACAACUGCAGCGGUGGGGACUGCGGAGGUUGUCCAGGGGACGAGGGGAAGAAAUACGAGGGGGAAGAGUCUUGCGGGUUGAUGGCCCAACGGCCUGGACCUUUCGAGGGGUGUCACCACACCCUGGACCCCCAGGUCUACCUGAAGAACUGCGUCUACGACCUCUGCGUCAAUGAUGGUCUCCACGUCCUGCUCUGCCGGGCCCUGGAAGCCUACGCAGAUGACUGUCGGGAGGAGGGAACGGCCGUCUCCGAUUGGAGGACGUUGGUCAAUUGUCGUGAGUAG